AAUCCCGUGAGCAGAAGGAAGGGCCCGGAAGGCGCCGUUGGUUCUGUUCCUUUGCUCCAAACCCUUGUGGUGCUACCUCUUGGUCUCUGUCCCGAGUGCCCAGUGCGGUGCUCCGGCGUCAGCCUUCCCUUGAGACUCGCAGGUGUGGCGGCUGCCACCCCUGGCGGAAGUGAGGGGCGCGCCCCUCCAGGGCCCUGCGGACCCCGAGCCUCCAUGGGCCGGACCCGGAAGGCCAAUGUGUGCCCCAGGCUGAGUCGCCGUGCUCUGGGCUUCUACACACGCGACGCGGGCGUGGUGCAGAGGACGAACCUGGGCAUCCUGCGGGCGCUGGUGUGCCAGGAGAGUACUAAAUUUAAGAAUGUUUGGACAACUCAUUCCAAGUCACCUAUAGCCUAUGAGAGAGGAAGAAUAUAUUUUGACAAUUACCGGUGCUGUGUCAGCAGUGUUGCAUCAGAGCCAAGAAAACUUUAUGAAAUGCCAAAAUGUUCCAAAUCAGAAAAAAUUGAGGAUGCUUUAUUAUGGGAAUGCCCAGUGGGAGAAAUACUUCCUGACCCGUCAGACUAUAAAUCUUCACUCAUAGCACUGACUGCUCAUAAUUGGCUGCUUCGUAUAUCAGCAACUACAGGGGAAAUCCUGGAGAAAAUAUACCUUGCUUCCUAUUGCAAAUUCAGGUACCUGAGCUGGGACACUCCUCAAGAGGUCAUUGCAGUGAAGUCGGCUCAGAACAAAGGGUCUGCAGCAGCUCGGCAGGCAGGCACUCAGCCUCCUGUUCUGUUGUACCUCGCCGUGUUCCGGGUCCUGCCCUUUUCCCUUGUAGGGAUUCUAGAGAUCAACAGAAAGGUUUUCGAGAACGUCACAGAUGCUACCUUGUCACAUGGAAUCCUGAUUGUGAUGUACAGCUCAGGACUAGUCAGGCUGUACAGCUUCCAAGCCAUCAUCGAGCAGUUCAUGCAACAGAAACUUGACUUAGGGUGUGCAUGCAGUCAGGGCGGGACUACUGGGACUGUAGGAGAGGCUCCUUUUGGCAUUCCUUGUAAUGUUAAAAUCACAGACUCACCACCUCCACUCUUUGAAGUUUCAUCCCUGGAGAAUGCAUUUCAGAUUGGAGGCCAUCCUUGGCACUACAUCAUCACGCCUAAUAAGAAGAAACAAAAGGGAGUUUUCCAUAUUUGUGCCCUUAAAGAUAAUUCCCUGGCAAAAAAUGGAAUCCAGGAAAUGGAAUGUUGUUCACUAGAAUCUGACUGGAUCUAUUUCCACCCUGAUGCUUCUGGAAGAAUAAUACACGUUGGCCCAAAUCAAGUCAAAGUCUUGAAGCUGAGUGAAGUAGAAAAUAAUAGUUCUCAGCAUCAGAUCUCUGAAGAUUUUGUCAUUUGGGCCAAUAGAGAAGACAGAAAGGAAAACUUAAUCACGGUUACAGCUUCUGGACGUGUGGUGAAACGAAAUGUCAACCUUCUGGAUGAUGACCCAGAACAGGAGACUUUCAAAGUCGUGGACUAUGAAGAUGAGUUGAACUUGCUUUCCGUAGUGGCUGUCACUCAAAUAGAUGCAGAAGGGAAAGCUCACCUGGAUUUCCACUGUAACGAGUAUGGAACCUUACUCAAAAGCAUCCCACUAGUGGAGUCAUGGGAUGUGACCUAUAGCCAUGAAGUCUACUUUGACAGAGAUUUGGUGCUGCACAUCGAACAGAAGCCCAACAGGGUCUUCAGCUGCUAUGUUUACCAGAUGGUCUGUGACCCUGGAGAAGAGGAGGAAACUGUCAACAGAAGCGAUUAAGACAGUGAGAUCAUCAUAACUUGAAACAUUGGUGAAACCUCAAUCAGCUGUGUCUAGUCCUCAUUAUCUGCAUGGAACAUUCUACAGUAUUUUCCAGAACAGGUCUUGUGCUAGCUUCAAAGGACUAGGUUAUACUCACCACGUACAGUGGUAAGGACUCCAUCUGAUGUAAAUGCUCUCUAGGAUGCUGUCCCAAGAGACCCAGCAUUUUGAAACUUCGAUUAGGUGCUAAUGUGAGUAUAAAAUGCUAGGGAACAGGACAGCUAAGUCUAUGGGUCAGAGACAUCACUGAUGCAGGGACAACUAAGGUAAUUCUUAAAGACUACUAUGAAGUAAGGCUAGGAGAGAGAAACAAAACUAUUAAAUAUAGACGCCAGGUAUGGUGGCACGUAACCUGUCAUCUCUGCUCGCAGAUAGAGCAGAAAGACCAGAAGUCCAAAGCCAGUGUUAGCUAUAUAGCAAAUUCAAAUUCUCCACAAGACCUGGUCUAAAGAAGUCAACAUAAAGAUAAAGGAAUUCUAUAUACUCUAUACCAAACUUUGCUUAAGGAUUAGAAGUAGGAUUUCUAAUGUAAAAUCAUACUUUUGAGCCAAAAAUCACCACAGCUUCUUUGUAAACAAAAACAAACCAAAAAAAAGGGGGGGGAUAUCAUUUCUAGUUUUCAGAUCAUUUCUUACGUGGUUUUAUUCUCAUGGCCUGAUGUUCUCAUUGACUGUUUAUGUGUAUAAAUACCAGUGCACUUGACUUUGUUUCUGAGGACAUAUUUGCAUGUUCAUGUGUACGCUGGUGUGCACAUAUUGGCAGGUGUGCCCACAUGUGUGCCUGGCAUUUGGAGGCUAAAAGUCAACCAAUGGUGUUCUCAAGAGCCAUCUACGGUGCAUUUUCAGACAGGGUCUCACAAGGGCCUGCGACUUACCAAUCGUGCUAGCCUGGCUGGCUGGCCAGGGAUGCUCCUGUCUCUUGCCCAGCACUGGGAGUAAAGGCAUACUGCAUGCCCAGAUAUGUACAGGGCUGGGCAUCAAACUCAUGCUUAUAUAGCAAGCACUUUACUAAUGAGCUAUCUCCCUAGCAUAUGUACUAUAAAAGAUUCCAGGCAAAUUUCAAAGGAAAGCUUUUCCUCAUUUGUACACUGUUUAGCUUUUAGUACAGCUAACAAGGUUUGUCUUAUUUUCCACUCUAUUUACUGAGUGGCUCUGUUUGUUUAGUGAUAUUUUCAUAUGUAUGCAAGAACAUAAAGGGGCCUCGGUUAGGCCCCCUUCUGUGCAUUGCUGGCCCCUGGUGGCCUCUUCUUUGUAGCACAAUUGAAACCAAGAGGAGUUCUUAUUAGCCAGAAGAAGAUUUUGAUUGUUCAUGGAAGGAAUGUUUUUCUUCUGUGUUAGAACAGAUUUAAACAUGACACUUGAAUUCCAGUAAUCACCUUUAGAAUGUUAGAUAAGAACAAUGUAGAGGGAGAGACUGUUACUUACAGUCCCUGUCUGAGAAACUCGGUUGCUCAGAACCUACAUGGUCAUCUCAUUUUUCCAAGUCAUCCUCCAAAGUAACUGUAAAACAAGGAACGAACAGUCAGAGCAAGUAGUUCACACCUGUAUCCAAGCAUUCAGGGAGCUGCAACAGGAGGAUUACUGCAAGUUCAGGGCCAACUUGUACUAUGUAGCAAAAUCUUGCUUUAAACAAAACAAAACCCUUGAUCCCAAAGGCAGAGGCAGGACAAUCAAGAAUUCUGUGUGAGCUUGGCAUGUAAUAAGUUCAGAACCAGCCCAGACUGGGCUUUUACGCUUUAAUAAAGCAUAAAAGAAGAGCAACAAACCAUAUUUGAUUCAAGUUUAAGGUUAAAAUAAGGAAUUUUAACUUGGAAGAUCUGUGUAAAAAUCUCCUCAUUUUGUCCUGACUUCAUAUUAAGAUUGGUAUGAAUUCCAAGCCAGUAGGUGGUGGUACACACCUUUAAUCCCAGUGUUUGGUAGGCAAAGACAGGUGGAUCUCUGAGUUCAAGGCCAGCCUAGUCUUCAGAGAGAGGACAGGACAGCCAGGGCUCCACAGAGAAACCCUGUCUGGGUCAGGUAGAGGUGGAGAAUGGUGUGAAUUCUGUCCAGUCAGCCCUUGAAAACCUGCAAAAAUAUUUCUAGGUGAUUAUGAUCAGCAGGACUAAAGAGAAAGGUGUUGGCUGUUUAAAAAUCAAAGAAUUAGUAACUAAUCUAUUCAGUCAAGAAAUAAAGGAAACCUAAAAAUCAUCUUUUUGUGCCAAGAAAAAAGUUACAGGUUCAAUAUUCCUUGUCUAAGAUGUUUAGCACCAAAAGUGUUUUGUAAUUCACAUUUCCCCUGAUUUUAGGAUAUUUGUGGGUACAUUAUAAAAUCUGCAGGAGGGGUCCAAGGUCUAAGCAUGAAAAUCAUUUUAAGUUUAAUUUAUAUCUUGUGUGUAUAAUCUGAAGAUGCUUUUGUGCUGUGUUUUAAGUGCACCUAUCCAUGCUUUAACUGUGUCCCAGCAAGUUAGAUCAGGUGUUGAAUUUCGUACUCAUGACAUCAUGUUAGCUCUAAAGUUUUGAUUUUGAGAGCAUUUUUGAUUUCCGGAUUAGGGAUGUUAAUUUAAUAAGUAUUGAUGUUUUAGAAUAAGGCAGAAUGUAUGUGAGAAAAAGAAAUCCUUCUGAAGCGGAUCCUAUUUAGAAUUGUCAUUUGGGAACAAAGAAAUCAUUACCUCAUGAGCAAGAUAGUACCAUGUUAAGUCUAAUACUCAGAUCUAGGGAGGGAAGAAUUCAGUCUUGUUGUAUGAUCCGUAACAUCUCUAUUUAGCGUCUGAAGCUCUGAGAGCAUGUCACAGACAGCACUGUAAUUACAGAGCAGUUAAUAGUUACAGUGCCCAGCCCUAUCUGACAUUUGCACCUUAGAAUUUGUUUUUGCUUUGUUGUUUGGGUGGCUUUCGUUUGAUUAGUUUGUUUUCUGGUGUGUGUGCGUGUGUGUAUUUAGAUAUGUAGCCCUGGCUGCCUUGCUACACCAUGUAGAGCAGGCUAGCCUCAAACUCACAGAAAAUCUGCCUGCUUCCAUCUUUCCUUGCUGCGAUGGAGGGGAACUGCAGCAGCCAGCAGGAGGGGUGCUGCCGUGCAGGCUUAGCUCUGUGUUUUGAGAGCAUUUAGAAGAGGGUAUCUUUAGACUUCAGUCCUGGCAAAGAAUCUUUUGAAGGUGGCAGUUGACUGUCUUCUCCUUUGUCAUUGUUAUGUGUAUGUAUAUACGUGUGAUAAUAGAAACUCAUAUUCAGGAAGGCUGUUGAGACAUUUCUUAGGUCUUUUUAAGAAAAAAGAAUGGGCUACUUCUAGACUAACUAUAAUGUGACCACUAAGAAAGUCCUAGUGUGAGCCGAACCUGAUGGCUCCCAGCUGAAAUCCUAGCAAAUGGGAGGCUGAAGCAGGAGGGUUGCCACAAGUUGGAGGCUAGCCUGGGUUGUAUGCUUACAACCACUUGUAAACCCAGAUCCAAGAGCUCUGACACCCACUUAUGGACUCCCCAAACACACACACACACACACACACACACACACACACACACACACACAUAUACAUAUGUUCACACAUGCCCACAGAUAUGCAGAGUACACACACACACAGAGGAAAGAGAGAGAGAGAGAGCGAGAGUGAGUACGAGCGAGAGCUGUGCCCAACUAACAGGAUGAACUACAGCUGUUUGGUUGUGGCAGUUUAUGUUGAAAAACAGUGGACAAACCGUAGAUUCUACUCAUACCAAGAAGAUGAGCUGGGAAUGUAGCUUAGCGGUAGAGCCUUGGCUGUUGUGCUCAUAUGAGGCCCUAGGUUCAGUUCCCAGUGCUGGAAUAACAACAGCAGCAGCCGCAGCAAAGACAACGAGUGCUCCCCAGAAGCACCACGGCUCUCUGGUGUCUGCAGUUGCGCACUCAGAAGUAGGGCUGCUUCUCUCAGCAGAUACAGACCUUAUUCCCAGAGUGACACAGCAGGCUUAUUGUUCUACAGUAUUUGUCACAACCCUGGGAGAAACAGCAAAUCCUGUCACUGCUGCUAGUGAACUAACAAGUAAGGAGAUGAUUUUAUUUUGUUUAAAUAAAGAUAGCCCAUGGUUUCCCACCUUUUGAGCAUUUUUUUUAACCUUCCUUAUGUAUACUUAAAAGGGGGGUGGGUCAUGUUCUCCCUCCCUCCCUCUCUCUGCUCCCUUUUUUUCUCCCCCUUUGAUUUUCUCUCUCCCCCUCUCCUCCAACCCUGAAAUUUUCUGUGUAGUCCAGGCUGUGAUGAGCCUCCAUGCCCACCUGUGAUUCUGAAUGGUUUUGUCUGCUACUGACCUUGAUACAGGUAAAGGAUUCCUAUUGAAAGUAACCACUUCAGGUAUAAAUCGCCAUUCCCUUUCCCCUUGUACCCCUGGGGAAGUGAGGCUUGGACACACGCCCAUAGCACAGUGACAGACGUUACAGUAAGGACCCGGGGGCUGUUAUUGAGUGUGAGGUGGUCUUUGUUUGUUCCCUGUGGUCUGUACUUCACCUGGUGCUGAAUAGUGACCUUGGGCCUCUGUACACACCAAGCAAUGCUCUAACUACAACCCAGCACCUAGGGUGUGUGUGUGUGUGUGUGUGUGUGUGUGUGUGUGUGUGUGUGUGUGUGUGUGAGUGAUCAUUGAAUUCCAUGUUUUUGGACUAAACUUGGAUAGGGCAGAGUUUAUACAUAAAUUGACGGAAAGGUGGCUCUUCAUUUAAUAAUUGGAUGUAGUUCAGAAACAAUGUUUGUAAUCGAGUAAACAGUAUCAGUAACUACUCUUUCUAUAGUUAGCAUCUAUUAAAUCAUUUUUGAUGUUGGCAGAUUAUUGCCACAAGGGCAAGGCUAACACAGGCUGCUUAGUGUCAGGCCAGUAAGGACUCCACAGCAAGAUCCUCUCAAAAAGAAGAUGACGGUGAUGACAGCGAUGAUUUUUACACUUUCUUCUCUUCCUUACCAUGUUUGUUAACACUAAACAUUUAGAACCUAAAGAAAACCUAGGCCCUAAUUUCUGCCCUCUGUGGUUCUGUGGGGUCUCUAUCUCACAUGGAGAAAAAUAUAUUUCAACCAAGGGCUGUAGUAGAUGAGACAGACCCUGCUCUGUUGUGUUGAGAAGAUUUUAAACAUAAACUUUAUAUAAUUGUAUUAUGUAACCAAACACCACAAAGGUUUCAUUGUUUUAUUACCGAUUUUUAGUGCACUUCAAAAUAAGUCACCCAAUACCUUAUUUAAAUUUUAAAAAUGUAUUUAAUAUUUACAUGUAAUGGAAUUCACAUAUAUUGUAUAAAUUUGCUGAUUUUUUUUUUAAUGAUUGUAUAAUCCACAUCCUUCUCAAAAUUGAAAGCAUUGGAAUCAUCCAUUCCCAGCCCACACAGGCAUCACCUACACCCACUGUCAUUCCACCAUGUUCCAGACCGAACUCCUUAGCACGAUGACGAUGACGACUGUGGAGCACCCACGUUGGAGCAUCACUUGUUCAUUACUUUUUAUUCCUGAACCUUUUAUAUGAAUAUACCAGUUUGUCUUUCCGUCUCCCCAUUGAUGGGCUAUUUCUGCUAUUUUUUUUCUUACUGUUAUGAAUAAAGCUGCUCUGGUCACUUA